AUUGUGAAGAUAAUUCAGAAAGUACCCUAGCCGCACUGGAAGAUUGUAUUUCUGAUGUGCGUACUUGGCUGUUGUCUCAUAAAUUAAUGUUCAAAGAUUCGAAAACGGAAUUUCUUGUAAUUGGUACACCACAACAACUUUUGAAAAUAAACAUUGAAUCCGUUAACGUUGGUGGGGUCCAAAUUAAGCCGGUUGACAGUGUUCGAAACUUGGGAUCUUGGUCUGACAAGCAUAUGUCAAUGUCAGUUCAU